AUGCCCGUUGGACAACUGGGGGAGAUGUGGAGAAGCCUGGAAGGACAUAAGGCGAUUGGCCAGCGCCACGAGCGGGUGGCAUUGGUGGGAAAAGCCCAGGCAGCCAUCGAGUAUUCCUAUCGCGUGCGAGAAUCUACACCGGAAACGUGGGUGUUUUGGAUCCACGCCAGCAAUACCGCGCGGUUGGAACAGGGCUACCAGCAGAUUGCCGUAGUUGCGGAGAUUCCGGGACGGGACGAUCCGAAGUAG